GAUAGUACAUGAAGCAAUUGAAAUAAAAAAAAAAUCAAUAAUAAAGAUGGAUAUAGGCUUUCAACAGCAUAGAACCCAGUGAUUAAUAUAGUUAAAACAGGCGAUAAUUUAUUUUAAAGUAGUGUAGAUACGGUGAGUACGGUAUGUAAGGUGGAUUUAGACAAUAAUACUAACAAUGUGAGGGUAACCGAAGAGACUGAGCGGAGUGUCAAACGAAGACGCAACUAGACGAAAACGCCGCUUACUUCUGUCGUGUAUGUGCUACAAUCCACAUCAAAACGUCGGUAAUAAAAAUUAGUUUACCAAUAUAAUACCUAUAGGUACUCGAGUACCUCCCCGCUAUCUGUUGGGACUAUCGCUCGACUCGCCACCAUUUGGGAUUAGACAACAUCCACUUAAUAAAAUUAAGGAAAAUGUGUAUUUUAUUCACGUACAACGGCGUAGUCGAUGAGGACAGCGACUAUAGUUUUAUAUUGGCUUCAAAUCGAGACGAGUUUUAUGACAGACCAGCGGACAAGAUGGCUGUUUGGAGCGACGACCCCAAUGUUGUUGCAGGGCGUGACCUGGAAGCUGGUGGGACUUGGUUGGCGGUUUCACCUUUACGGAAAAAAAUUGGAGUGCUCCUCAACCUUCCUGGAUCGACAAAGCUAAAUAGUCAAAGCCGAGGGAAGGUCGUAUCGGACUAUAUAAAAUGUGAAGCGCCAACCAAGGAAUAUAUUGAGUCAACGAAAUCUUAUUUUAAAGAAUGCAACGACUUCUUGUUCGUUACUGUUGAAGAUUUUGUAAAGUCACCUCUGAUUCAAGCCUACAACAACAGUACAUGUACACUAACGGAACACAGAAGUAAAUGUGAAGGAUUCGGUAAUUGUUUGCCGCGUACCCCCCUGAAAAAAGUCGAAGGCGGCAAAAAUGUAAUGCAAGAAAUAUGCAAUAAAUUCAACAAACUUACUAUGAAAGAUGAACUCGUGAACGAACUUAUAAAAUUUUUGAAAUCUGACCAAAGGCAUCUACCAGACCAACUUCUGGAGAAGCGUCGGCCAGACUCGUAUAAGGAAUUGAGUUCUAUAUUUGUAUCCAUACCAAGAGGAAGAUAUGGAACAAGAACACAUACAUUAGUGCUUGUAACAAAGAGUGGCAAAAUGGAUAUAGUAGAAAUCGAUUUAAAAUCAUCAGAUGAUCUACUCAACCCAGAAUGGGAAACCACCAAGUUCCAGUAUAGUUUAUAAGUGAAUGUGAUGCUAAAAUUAAUAAUUUUUAUAUUUGAUAUUACUACCACUUUUACAAUUACAUUUAGAUACACAAUUGAUAUUUUAAAGGUGCAUAUGAACACAGUAUGUAUGCUUACAACCUUCUAACUAGUAAAGCAAAAUUUAUAUUUCAGUAUUCUUAUAUUAUCAUUUUUUGAAUAAACAAAAUUUAAGAAUGAACUUGUAAAUAUGGUAGUAAUUUCAUAAUGAUUUAAUAAAUUAUAAAAGCAAAGUAGUUUAUGUAAAACCUAUAUUUACAAUAAAUAAAUUGUUUUUGUUUAGUUUA